AUGGCCAUCUCCAAGUUGCUAGCUCUCACAGCUCUCCUGUUUUCGAUUGGCGGCGUCUCAGGCCAUACUAUUUUCCAGGAAUUGUAUGUCAACGGGGUAUCGCAAGGGCGAUUCAACGGCAUUCGAGUGCCUGAAUACAACGGCCCAAUCACUGAUGUCACGUCGAAGGACGUCAUCUGCAACGGUGGAAUCAAUCCAUACCGUACUCCUGUGUCCACUACUGUCAUCAAGGUGGCCGCUGGCAGCCAAGUUAGCGCCCAGUUUCACUACACUCUUACCAGCAAAACUGGUGAUCAUUCUGACCCAAUCGACCCUUCACACAAUGGCCCAGUUCUUGCAUACCUUGCACAAGUCCCUUCAGCUACCCAAUCUGACGUCACGGGAUUGAAAUGGUUCAAGAUCUAUCAUGAUGGCCUUGACUCAAAUGGCUGGGCAGUGGAAAGACUUAUAAAAAAUCAGGGCAAGGUUACCUUUACCAUUCCUGACUGUAUCCCCGCUGGACAAUAUCUUCUUCGUGUUGAACUGAUAGCACUUCACGCCGCGUCGAGUUACCCUGGUGCUCAACUUUACAUGGAAUGCGCUCAACUCGAGAUCACUGGAGGCGGAAACACGUCUCCUGCCACUGUCAGCUUCCCUGGCGCAUACUCAGGAAGCGACCCUGGAAUCAGAUUCAACUUGUAUACCGGUGCUACUUCAUAUACAAUCCCAGGGCCAUCCGUCUUCACCUGCAGCGGUGGUAACCCAAACCCAAACCCAGUAACCUCGGUUUCUUCAACCCCAACAUCUAGAACUACUGUUUCGAGCACUACUACCCCAACGUCUGCAAAUCCGGGACCGUCUGGGACUGUUGAUCAAUGGGGACAAUGUGGCGGCAUAGGCUAUACCGGAGCCACAUCAUGCAAGGCACCUUACACUUGCGUGAAAUCUAACGACUAUUACAGUCAAUGUCGCUAA